AGACUCAACUCUCUCAGCUGUUUUUUUUCGUCAAACCAAGUCGUAAAAAAAAAACCCAAAAUCUUUAAAUCUCAGAACCCAAAAAAUUAAAAAAAAAAGAAAGAAGAAAAAACAGACACUCAUGAACAAGAAACAUUCAACUCUUCUCAAGAUUCUCUUAGCUCUCUUUGCUUUAAACUCCAUCUCUCUUUACCUUUACUUCUCCGCCAGCAACCACAGCAACCAUCAGCAUUUGGUGGAGAACCACCGUGAUACGACGGAGGAGAGCUUUCCCGGAAUUAUCCCACGUCGUGGACCUCAUUUAUCGAAGCCCUGGCCAAUCAUCCCAUCAUAUCUGCCCUGGUCUUUGACCCCGAACGUAGUUUUAAAGUCUUGUGAAGCUUAUUUUGGAAAUGGGUUUACUAGGGUAGCUGAUAUUUUGUCAGCAAAAGCCGCUGUGAGAUCCGGGUCAAGUUGGUUUAGGUGUCAUUACUCUGGGACUUUGAGGAGUUCAAUUUGUGAAGGUGGGAAGGUAAGGAUGGAUCCCGAGAAGAUUAAGAUGUCGAGAGGAGGUGAAAAGUUAGAGGAUGUUAUUGGGAGAAAGGAAGAAGAAGAGUUGCCUGAGUUUGAAGAUGGAGCUUUUGAGGUUCAAGGUGAAGGAGGAGCAAUGUUAAAGAAGAAAAAGCUUGUUGGGGAGGAGUUUUUGGAUGAGUUUUUACCUGUUGGGAAUGUUUUUAGACAUACUAUGAGGGAAUUGAUUAGGUCUGUUGUUGUUGUUGGUGAAAAUGACUUCACUUGUCAAGAGUGGGUAGAGGAGCCUACACUUCUGGUAACAAGAUAUGAGUAUGCAAACCUUUUCCACACUGAGACGGAUUGGUACAGUGCAUAUGUGUCUUCUAGGGUAACUGGCUUGCCUAAUCGGCCGCAUUUGGUCUUUGUGGAUGGUCAUUGUGAGACACAAUUAGAAGAAACAUGGAAAGCAUUGUUUUCAAGCCUUAGAUAUGCUAAAAACUUUAGUGGUCCAGUCUGUUUCCGCCAUGCUAUUUUCUCGCCUUUGGGAUAUGAGACUCCAUUAUUUAAAGGGCUUACUGAGAAAAUAAAUUGUCAUGGAGCUUCUGCACAUGAUCUAUGGCAAAGCCCUGAUGACCAAAAAACGGCUCGAUUAUCUGAGUUUGGAGAAAUGAUCGGAGCUGCUUUUGGGUUGCCGGUAAACAGACAUCAUGCUGAUAAGGCAGCCUCAGUUCAUAAUGUUCUCUUUGUUCGUCGUGAAGAUUAUUUAGCCCAUCCACGCCAUAAAGGUAAGGUUGAAUCGAGACUUAGCAAUGAACAAGAAAUAUUUGAUUCAUUACAGGGGUGGGCAUCUAAUCAUCUGGAAUGCAAAGUAAACCUCAUCAAUGGGUUGUUUGCACACAUGUCCAUGAAGGAACAGGUCCGAGCCAUUCAGGAUGCUUCAGUUAUCAUUGGUGCUCAUGGUGCUGGUCUCACGCACAUAGUAUCUGCAAUACCAAACACAGUGAUUCUCGAGAUUAUUAGCAGCUUUUUCAGGCGGCCACACUUUCAAUUGAUUGCUCAGUGGAAAGGAUUGGAAUAUCAUGCCAUUAACCUUGAUGGGUCACAUGCCAAUCCUGGAGUUGUCAUUGAUAGGCUUAACAAGAUAAUGAGGAGUCUUGGAUGCUAAAAAAGUUUUGGUUCUAACGGAAAUUUCAAGUAACCUUAUCUGAGCUUGGAACCAUAAAUUUCCAGAUUUUCAUCUGGCACUUACUGAAGAAACAUAGAGAAGAAUCUUUACACUUUACAGGAUUUUGGUUCCUUUGAAGAGAUUGAUUCAUAGCUAACAGAACGAAAUCUGCUAUACCAACAACGAUAAAGGAGACGACAAAGUCAUUCUGGUUGGUGAUGGAUAUAGGCAUUAUUCAUUCAUUCAUUCAAAGAUACAAAAUUUUGGGUCUGAUAUGUUGUCGUCAUUAAAUGUAAGCUUACAGGUUUAAGUUCAAUUUUUUUCUUUGAAACAUUUUCUGGGCACAUUAUUAUUUUCUUUCCUCAUCUUACUCGAAUGUGAGAUGGGUUUUUUUAGAUGAUUGUAUGUUGUAUUCAAUGAUAACAAGUGUAUCUUGCGAUGAAUUGACGAUUAACAUUGUCAAAUGAAAGUGAUAUACAAGAGUGCUUUUUGGAUUGGCUGGUGUAACCUUGGCGUCAGCUAUGGCACUAGCUGGGGUAACCCUGGCACCUUUGUAUCUUGGAACCACUACUUACCGGGCAAGAUAUAACAAUUUUCUUUGUCCGUUUGGUUUGAUCAUGGAUUUGGGAUUUACAAUCAUAAAUAUGAUAACCUCUAUUUGAACAAAUCUGAAACCUUUUUGAUUCAAAAUUUUAUUCCAUCUGGCAGAAAUCAUAGAUUUUUUUUGAACUAUUGUUCAUAAUACCACAAGCUAGACGACUAAGCCAAAGGACUCGAGCAUGGUGACCUGGGAGAAGUAAUUUUAUUUCAUGAAGCUUCGAGUAAAGUGUACAAUUUAUAGAUUCAAACCACAGGUAUUUGAAAGAUCCCACUCAUGCCACCAAUUUGAGCAAAAGGAUGAUCCUUGAACUUCAAUUGCAGGGGUCAUGCAUGCCAAGAGCAAAUUAAUCA